AUGAUACCUUACAGUAAGACAAGGGAUAUGGGAGCUGGUGGCAAGCUCAAAAAGUCUCGGAUGAGCCGGAUAUUGGCAAAAGAAAUUCUGCGAGGAUUCCUCCUCAUUCCCAGGACACUACGUGCUGUGAGCUGGGGGAGCAAAUUCAAGGACGCAAAGAUCGAGCCUGGCCGCGAUGUCUUGGAAGAAUGCUGCUUCACCAUUGAGGAGUCUCUCGACUCAGUUUACAGAAAACUAAGAAAGCAUGAUAAGAACAUUGAACCGCUUGAUAUUAAGGUUGUUAGGCGUGGCGCUUUCAACGAGCUUAUGAAUUUCUUCCUGUCUCGAGGCUCUUCUUUGAGUUUGAGUAAGUUCAUAUGUUGUCUCUUUUUCCUCUUCCAAGGACAUUGUUUCUCAACUUCAAUCCGGUGCUUAUUAAGGUGA